UUGAAGUUGGCUCGAUUACUUCGCACUGUCUCGCACUAUUAUAUGCAGUGAGAACUUCAAGUUCUCACCAUGAUUUCCAAUAGUGGAUCCGAUGUUGCUACGUUCAAAUAAUACAGUUUUUAUAAUAAAAAAUAGACAAAAGAGAGGAAAAUCCUGGCGAAAAUAAAAAUUGGAGUGUACGUAAGUUGAAUAAGGGGAAAGUAAUACAAGCGUGAACGCUAGACCUUCUAGAAGGAGGCGGGAAUUAAAACAAUGAAACAUGAAAGAAGAAAGAAUCUACAAUUCAAUUCUUGAUCGCAUUACAAACAAAUGGAACAGAGGGAACAGAGCUUCACGCAGUGGCGUGAUUCAGGUUAUCGAGUCGAAGGCGAUUCUAUGGUCAUCUCUGACAGCGAGGAGGAAAUUGAAUAAUUCAAGGGAGAACGACAAACAAAUAAUCGUCGACAAAAGCGUAAAGAUCGAUGAUGAUGCCGAUAAUUUUAUCGAGGAUACGAUACUGAAGAACCUAUGUGGCUGUGCAGCCUGUGCACCGUCACCGUCACCGUCACACGUCCAGCAAGGGAUCACAAGGGAUCUUUUUCUUACGGGCAUAAGCGGGAGAAGGAGGGUGGCAAGAGAGCGAGAGACCAGAAAGAUUCCGAGAAAGGGCGAGAACGAAGUGGGUGGUGAGAGCGACCUCGCCGCGCCGUUAACAUUCGCUCGCACCCACGCAUACAGAAUUACAGACGCAGCGCAGCCGAAGCGGAGUGCUCAAGUGCUCUCGGGGCGAGGGACCUUGCGCGAGCCACCCCGAGGAGUUACUCCAACACUUUGGUCAUUGGUGGCGCAUCAGAUACAACCAGAUAUCAACGAGCGAGCGAGCGAGUAA